CAUCCCGGAUCACUUGUAAUACAAAGUAUAAUCGGGGAUUCAUGUAAAUUUUUGAUGAGAAUAUAAGCAAAAAUUCGACAAUGAAGAAUUUUUCUUGUGCUGCUUCUUUUCAGGAAAGUUGACAUGAGAUAAAAAAUUAGCAAGCAUGGAAUAAAAAAAAUUGUUUUUUUGUUUAACGCCCCCCUUGGUGAGUCCGAGGCUGCCGUCAGUGUCGGCACCGUCGGGUCUUCCCAGGCAAUCAUGCUCGCCGGCCUUGCCUUCAAGCGCAGGUGGCAAAACAAGCGCAGGGCACUUGGCCUCCCCCGUGACAAGCCCAACACGGCGCCAAUGUUUAGGUACCCCAACCUUUAUUGAUACGUCUAAUUAGAAACUUGUCAAUUCUAAUUUGUAAGUUGAGUGAUUUUCGGUUGACUUAAUUGUUCACUAUGUUUCCCCAAUUGCAGGUGUGCUGGGAGAAAUUAGCGAGGUACUUCUAGGUGGAGCUGAAGGAAGUGAAGCUGACAGAAGGUUACUAAGUGCUGGACCCGGAGAAGGCGGUGGAGAUGGUGGACGAGAACACCAUCUGCGCCGCCGCUAACCUCGGGUCGAUGCUCAACGGCGAGUUCGAGGACGUGAAGAAGCUGAACGACCUGCUGACAGAGAAAAAUAGAGUGACCGGGUGGGACACGCCGAUCCACGUCGACGCGGCCAGCAGCGGGUUCAUCACCCCGUUCAUGUGGCCGGAGCUGAAUGGGACUAUUGCCUCCUACUCGUGAAAUCAAGUCAGCAGCCACAAGCACGACCUCGUCUACGCUGGUGUCGGGUGGGCGUUGGAGGAGAGGCGAGGGAGGUUGCCGGCAAUGAAGGGGAAGGAGGAUGGAUUAGGGUUUCAGGGAAGAAGGGGUUUUGGGAAAUGGUUUUCCCAAUUGAGGUGGAAGGGAGGGGAUAAAUUGAUUUUUUCCAU